UGCAGCUGUUCGAGGUGAUUGAGACGGAUAAGACCCUUUAUCUUAUCAUGGAGUAUGCCAGUGGAGGUGGGUGCAUCUGCCUUCCUGUCUGUUUCAAUAGACCUAGCUACUGUCUCUCCGUAAUGGCUGAUUAGCUUGUUUUUGAUUAACGGGGAAAAAGUAUAAAUAAACCAAUGGAGAUGACUCAAAAUCAUAACCUAAUGCAAUGGUUGUACAUUACGUACUCCUACUGUAUAUGUAUGUAAACAUAACAUUAUGUUGCAUAUUUUACCAUUGGUGUUCUACGAAAUGAUAUUAUAAAUGUAGGGGGGGAGUGUGGUAAUAGGUUUAUGGCUUAUGACCGGGGUUUUAGUGGCCAGGGAGAAUAUUUCUACAAGCAUGAAAUGUCAUUAGGAUAAUAUCUAGGAGGCAGCAGGCCACAGCCCCACAGUCUCUAUCAUGAUAACAUUAGUGUUAGGUCUUUGAUAUUAGCUACUGGUUGAAAAUACAGAAUAUUCUACGAGUACAAUAUGGAGUACAAUACGAGUACAGUACGAGUAUAAUAUGGAGCCAGGAAAGGGUUUAAGCAAGAUUGAGUGUACAGUAUAAUACAUUGAAACAUAUUUUGUCACAUAUCUCCCUCAUCAUCAUGUUGACCACUCUUCUUUUUUUCAGGUGAAGUGUUUGACUACCUCGUAUCUCAUGGGAGAAUGAAGGAGAUUGAAGCCAGAGCCAAAUUCCGGCAGGUAUGACGACCACGGUGCCUCACACACCUAUAUGCUGUCUGUCUGUCUUUGUCUAGUUGGCUGGCUGGCUGGCUGGCUGGCUGGCUGGCCGGCCGCUAAACUUUCUAUCUGUGUCUGUCUGUCCGUCUUUUCUGUCUGUCUGGCUUGCUAGCUAGCUGGCUGCCUGCUAACCUGUCUGGCUGUCUGUCUAUCUGCCUGUCUGUAUGUACAGUAUGUCUGUGUGUCUGGUUGUCUGUCUGUCUGCUAACCUGUCUCUCUGUCCUCCAGAUCGUGUCUGCUGUCCACUACUGCCACAUGAAGAACAUUGUCCACCGAGACUUAAAGGUGAGAAUGCAGACAUUUUAUAGAGCUUGAUUGAAUAGAAAUUUACAUUUAUAUUUUUGUCAUUAUCCAGAGCGACUUACAGUUAGUGCAUUCAUCUUAAAAUAGCUAGGUGGGACAACCACAUAUCUAGUGGCAAAAGUAAAAACUGCCGAAAAUGCACAGUCAAAGAGGAGAAUAAUUAUUGUCAAGGAAAGUUUUUAAUAGAGGCAUACUAAGAUAAAAUAAACGUGCGUGUGUAAACGAUAACACAUUAGUGCACCAAAUGAAGACAUUUAUUGAAAUGAGGGAAGUGAAUGCUGGAAUUAAACAAAUAACUAUGCAAAUGAGGAAAAGCUGUGCACAUUAAGGAAAUAGACGCCUGGCUUAAAUAGAAGCCUGUCUCUAAUACGCAACUGUUGCGUUCAGUGAUUUAAGCAAAUAAACGCCCGGGCUAUUAAUUGAAGUUUUACAGGUAUUGUGAUUAUUAUUGGAUGUUACAUCUCUGAACAAAAGCAGAGACAGACAGACCGAAUGUGAGUCACUUCUUCUCCCAGUGUUUCUGGUGUACUUAUCUAUAAUAUAUCCUACAGCCUAUAAUCCUGUAUGACACACUCUCCUUCUCCCCCUCCAUCUCUUCCCUCCCUCCAUCCCUCUCCCUCCUCUUCCCUCCAUACCUGCUCGUCUUCCUCCCUCUGUCCCUCUCCUCCAUGCCUUCCUCCCCCCUCCCUCCUUCUCCUUCUCCUCCUCCCCUCACCCUACCCCUAUCCUCCAUCCAUCCCUUCUCCAGGCCGAGAAUCUCCUGCUUGACGCCAACGCCAACAUCAAGAUCGCCGACUUCGGCUUCAGCAACGAGUUCACACUGGGCAACAAGCUGGACACGUUCUGUGGCUCUCCACCCUACGCCGCCCCGGAACUGUUCCAGGGGAAGAAGUACGACGGGCCCGAGGUGGAUGUCUGGAGCCUGGGGGUCAUACUGUACACGCUGGUGUCAGGGUCGCUGCCCUUCGACGGGCAGAACCUCAAGGUGUGUGUUUGUUAGAAGUGGACUUCUGGAGCCUGUGUGCUUGACGACUUGUUUUUGGUGUGUGCUUGACAAUGUGUUUUUGAUCUGUUGUUGACAGUGUGCGUUUGGUGUGUGUUCGGUGUGUACUUAAAGACGUGUGUGUGUGUGUGUUUGUCACUGCCCACAGGAGCUGCGUGAGCACGUCCUGAGGGGAAAGUUGCGCAUGCUUUUCUACAUGUCCACCGACUGACCCUAACCCUUAACCUCUGACCUUUACCUUGACCUCUCCUCUCUAUUGCCCCCUAUAGGAGCUUCGUGAGCGCGUCCUGAGGGGGAAGUAUCGCGUGCCCUUCUACAUGUCCACUGACUGUGAAGGGAUCCUACGCCGGUUCCUGGUGCUCAACCCUACCAAGCGCUGCACCCUAGAUGUGAGGAGGACCAACCCCCCAACACAAAUGCCUGAUUCACACUAUAGGACCAACCCAAACCGUACUGUGCUGGCUUGGAUAUUUCCUUUUCACAUUGUCCUUUGCUGCGUAGUUUCAGCAUUAUAGUGGAUUCGUAACUAUGCCAGCCCAGUACAGCUCGGCUUUGGCUCGGUUUGGUUUAGCUCAGUAGUGUAAAAGGGGAGUAACAGCAGUAUACGUCACACACUAAUAGCCCAACAUAUAAUAAAGCACCAAACCACCAUAACAUGAAUAUCACCAACACCCCAACACACACACACACACACACCAAAUCAAAUCAAAUAUUACACACCAAAUCAAAUUGGAGUAAUCAAGGUGACAGACAGUGACACAUUUAAUACCGCCUUGCACACUCUUGCCUGCAUCUAACUGAUCUGGGGCUUAAUCAUUAGUCCAAACAGUUUCAAAACAUUCAGAAUGAAAGGUAAACUAAGAAGAAUAAAAAAUAUAUAAUUAAAUAUAGCUAUCUCUCUCUCUGCUUCUCCUUAUAUUUUGAAGAAAUUAAUUUGUUCAAAACUUGUUCAACUAUUGUUUUUCUCUCUCUUUGAGUCAACUACUUACCCCACUUCAUGCACUACAUUGCUAGCUAGCUGUGUUAUGCUUUCAGUACUAGAUUCAUUCUCUGAUAGGUUGGAGGACGUCCUCCGGAAGUCAUCAUAAUUACUGUGUAAGUCUAUGGAAGGGGGUGAGAACCAUUGUAUUGAAGUCAAUGUACCCAGAGGAGGACCGAAAAUAGUGUCCUCCAGCUACACAAUGGUGCUACCCUGGUGAGGCUACUGUAGACCUUCAUUUCAAAACAGUGUGUUUUAAUCAAUUAUUUUGUGACGUUAAUAUAUUUAGUAUAGUUUUAUCUAAAAACAAUUAACUAUUUUUAGGAUUCUUAGGAUGUUCCUCCCCUUCCUCCUCUGAGGAGCCUUCACUGACACACACACACAUUCACACACACACUCACACAAUCACACAUACACACACACAAUUUCCAACUUUAGCUACUCUCUAACAUUGAAUCUUGUUGUGAUGCCACAGCAAGUCAUGAAGGACAAGUGGAUAAACGCAGGGUAUGAUGAGGAUUCCCUGAAGCCCCAUAUAGAGCCUGUCGAGGACUACAGUGACGCUACUCGCAUAGGUGAGCCAGCUAUGACCAGGCCACUGGGUUGCUAUCCACCAUUUUGGCUCUAAGGACAACGUGUUACUCUUCCAUUUUGGCUCUCAUGGCAUCUUUAGCAAGGUCACUUCAUGCCGAUUUGACAUUCUCAUGAAACACAUUUCAGAUAUACACUACCGGUCAAAAGUUUUAGAACACCUACUCAUUCAAGGGUUUUUCUUUAUUUUUACUAUUUUCUACAUUGUAGAAUAAUAGUGAAGACAUCAAAACUAUGAAAUAACACAUAUGGAAUCAUGUAGUAACCAAAAAGGUGUUAAACAAAUCAAAAUAUAUUUUAUAUUUGAGAUUCUUCAAAUAGCCACCAUUUACCUUGAUGACGGCUUUGCACACUCUUUGCAUUCUCUCAACCAGCUUCACCUGGAAUGCUUUUCCAAGUUUUGUGGGAUUUUAUACAUAUUCUCCCCAAAAUGUCAUACAGCAGUUAGACACGUGGACAAAGUUAACAUAGUGGUGAAGAAAAUUGUGACCAUAAAGAUUGUAUUUUUUUGUUGGAAAACCUUGAUUUGCUGUUCAGGAUGAGGUGAAAACACAUCUUAUUUAUUUCUAACCAGCUUCACCUGGAAUGCUUUUCCAACAGUCUUGAAGGAGUUCCCACAUAUGCUGAGCACUUGUUGGCUGCUUUUCCUUCACUCUUCCGUCCGACUCAUCCCAAACCAUCUCAAUUGGGUUGAGGUCGGAGGAUUGUGGAGGCCAGGUCAUCUGAUGCAGCACUCCAUCACUCUCCUUGGUAAAAUAGCCCUUACACGGCCUGUUGAAAAACAAAUGAUAGUCCCACUAAGCACAAACCAGAUGGGAUGGCGUAUCGCUGCAGAAUGCUGUGGUAGCCAUGCUGGUUAAGUGUGCCGUGAAUUCUAAAUCAAUCACAGAGAGUGUCACCAGCAAAGCACCCCCACACCAUAACACCUCCUCAUCCAUGCUUUUCGGUGGGAAACACACAUGCAGAGAUCAUUACACGGCCUGUUGAAAAACAAAUGAUAGUCCCACUAAGCACAAAACAGAUGGGAUGGCGUAUCGCUGCAGAAUGCUGUGGUAGCCAUGCUGGUUAAGUGUGCCGUGAAUUCUAAAUAAAUCACAGAGAGUGUCACCAGCAAAGCACCCCCACACCAUAACACCUCCUCUUCCAUGCUUUUCGGUGGGAAACACACAUGCGGAGAUCAUCCGUUCACCCACACCACGUCUCACAAAGACAAGGCGGUUGGAACUAAAAAUCUCCAAUUUGGACUCCAGACCAAAGGACAAAUUUCCACCGGUCUAAUGUCCAUUGCUCGUGUUUCUUGGCCCAAGCAAGUCUCUUCUUCUUAUUGGUGUCCUUUAGUAGUGGUUUCUUUGCAGCAAUUCGACCAUGAAGGCCUGAUUCACAUAGUCUCCUCUGAACAGUUGAUGUUGAUGUGUCUGUUACUUGAACUCUGUGAAGCAUUUAUUUGGGCUGCACUUUCUGAGGCUGGUAACUGUAAUGAACUUAUCCUUUGCAGCAGAGGUAACUCUGGGUCUUCCAUUCCUGUGGCGGUCCUCAUGAGAGCCAGUUUCAUCAUAGCGCUUGAUGGUGUUUGCGACUGGACUUGAAGAAACUUUCAUAGUUCUUGAAAUGUUCCAUAUUGACUGACCUUCAUGUCUUAAAGUAAUGAUGGACUGUCAUUUCUCUUUGCUUAUUUGACCUGUUCUUGCCAUAAUAUGGACUUGGUAUUUUACCAAAUAGGGCUAUCUUCUGUAUACCUUGUCACAACACAACUGAUUGGCUCAAACGCAUUAAGAAGGAAAUAAAUUCCACAAAUUAACUUUUAACAAGACACACCUGUUAAUUUAAAUGCAUUCCAGGUGACUACCACAUGAAGCUGGUUGAGAGAAUGCCAAGAUUGUGCAAAGCUGUCAUCAAGGCAAAGGGUGGCUACUUUGAAGAAUCUCAAAUAUAAAAUAUAUUUUGAUUUGUUUAACAACUUUUUGGUUACUACAUGAUUCCAUGUGUGUUAUUUCAUAGUUUUGAUGUCUUCACUAUUAUUCUGCAGUGUAGAAAAUAGUAAAAAUAAAGAAAAACCCUUGAAUGAGUAGGUGUUCUAAAACUUUUGUAUGUAUCUUUAAGUCCUAGUUGAAAUCUGUUCAUGAAAUUCAGCAGGAACAUUAGCUUAACAUUAUUUCCAAAAUGUCUGCCUUCUUUUUCCUCAUCUCCCCUCAUUUGUGGUCCUCAGAGGUGAUGGUGGGGAUGGGCUUCACUCCAGAGGAGAUCAAGGACGCUCUGCUCAACCAGACGUACAACGAGGUCACCGCCACUUAUCUACUGCUGGGCCUCAAGAACGAGGUGAGCUGUCUGGGCCUGGCUACCAUAGGGCAGCACAAGAUAUCAAUGCACAGCAAGCCAUAGUAAUCAGUAUGUAUGAUUGAUUUAGGUAAGAACGUGUUAUUUUGUAAGGACAUACUAAAAUGUUUAUUUGAUGAAGAAUUCUUUAGGCAAACAAUAGAGGUAUUUUGAUAUUUAUACAGCCAUAUUAUGUGAAUUUGAAGUAAAACAACAUACCGGUACACGGAAAGCCACAAUGCUCUUGGUGGCUCCACAUUCAGUCCAUGCAGCUGGCUAACACCCAGGAGGUGGUUGUCUUGGUAACAGGAUGGCAGCGAGUCUCGUUCGGCCAGUACCCUGUCCCUGGCACGGAUCCGGCCCAGCCCCAUCACCAACGGGACCAACAAACACUCCUCGGCCACUGCAGGCUCCUCUUCCUCCUCCUCCUCGCACAGCAAGACCCAGCGCAGCGCCUCCACCUAUCACAGGCAGCGGCGGCACAGUGACUUCUGUGAGAGUUCUACUGUGCCUUCUACUGUACAUUCUACUGCACCUUCUACUGUACGCUUUUGUCUAUUCUAACCCUAACCUUUCUACUGUAGAUUUCACUAUACUCUACCUUCCCUCACCUGGUCUCAUAUCUGCCCCAUAUACUCAGCUCCUGUCCUGGCCGCUGACUAAGUGUGUGUGUGGAUGCGUGUGCAUAUGUGUCUUUGUCCGUGCCUGUGUACACACGCGUGUAUAUGUGUGUGUGCCUGUGUGUGCACGUGUGUGUAGAUGUCUCUGUGUCUGUGUGCCAGUGUUAACAUGUGUGUUCGCCGCUCAGGCGGGCCCUCCAUGCCGGUCAUGCACCCCAAGCGGAGCCCCACCAGCACGGGUGACCGGGAGCUGCGGGAGGGGCGCAUGCCACCGCGUAAGGCCAGCUGCAGCGUGAUGGGCAGUCGCUCGCUGCCCCCCUCCAGCCCCAUGGUCAGCAGUGCUAAUAAUCCCAACAAGUCAGAGAUCCCCGACCGCCGCAAGGAGAUGACGGCCACCACAGUGAGGAACAGUGAGGUAGGAAGGGGGGGUUAAUAGGGCUGCAUUUGAAAUGGAACCCUAUUCCUCAGUGGAGGCUGCUGAGGGGAGGACGGCUCAUAAUAAUGGCCGGAACGGAGCAAAUGGAAUGGCAUCAAACACAUGGAAACCAUGUGUUUGAUACCAUUCCACUGAUUCCGCUCCAGCCAUUACCACGUGCCCGUCCUCCCCAGUUAAGGUUCCACCAACCUCCUGUGCUGUUCCCUAAGUAUUGCAUUACUAUACAGAGAAUAGGAUGCCAGGGAAUGGGGUGCCAUUUAGGAUGCACCCUAGGAAAGAUUUCUGUUUCUAGCUCUGCGUUUGAAAUGGCACCCUAUUCCCUAAGUCAGUGGUUACCAGCCUUUUCUGAGUCAAGAUCACGUUCUGAGUCAAAAUGCAAGCCAAGAUCUACCUCUCAGAUUUUAUUUAAACAUGACUUAAAAAAGCCUAUGCAACAUUAACCUAAUAAAAACAGUUCUGUAACAGUGAGGUUUUUGCAGUAGACUAUAGGCCCAAUACAUUAUCACUGCAUAUUGGCUAAGCUUGAAUUGCCCUGCCAAUGUUGUUCUUCUCAGACCAUUUUGAAAUUAUAUUUCAAAAUUUGAGGUAUAUUAUCACACUGGUAAUAGAUCAUCAUCAUCAGCUGAGUGAGCAUAAUAAUUUGCUUUUUAUUUUAUUUUACUAGACUGAUGGCCUGCAUCUGAUGGUCAGUCGGAGGGAGGGAGGGAGGGAGUUUUUCAAGUUUUUACAUUGUGCUGUGUAAAAACGAUCUUGGUUGCAUCGAAGCUAGUGGUGAGUCUGCCGCUCACCCGACUCACUGUUCCUCCCUCCUCUGAGAAAAGGGGACACAGUUUUCCAUCUGAUGGCGAAACUCAAGUAGCACUGCAUUAUGUCUGCCUGUACCAAUUCAUGCUGUUACUCCUAUGACCAGAGAAAGUGAAAUAUUCCUAGAUAUUAAAAAAGACACAAGCCGCUAAUAAUAACAACGCAAGCUUAUAGAAACACUUUACUAUACUCAUUCAUUGCAGCUGCAGUGCUGGUUGUAGCGUGAGUGGAAGUAGGGAGAACACGCAUUUUAUGGCUUAUAAAAGUGUUGAACAAAGUGUUGGCAGUGUUGAAUAACAACUUAAACAUCAACUUACUCUUAAAAACAGCAGCUCUUUACUGUUUGUGUUGAGUUUCACUCUAGUCAUGGUUUUAAAAGUUUUGAAAUAUCACAGCAUCAACUUUGCUGUGUGCUCGAGGCUGUGCACACACAGUGAUCUGAGAUAUCUGAUUGGCCAGCGGUAAGCCUAUAGUUGAGCUUGAUUAGCUCUCUCGGCCUGCCGGGUAGGCGGAGUUCUACCUUCAGACACAUGAAAUGGAUCAAAAUGGGAAUAAUUUGCCUUCCCGGUGCUAGGACUGCUGAAUCAAGUGCACACCGUCAACAGCGCAAAGCAAAAAAAAAAAAUAGGAUGGCAAAGCUUGGUUGGUGAUCGCUGCCCUAAGUAGUGCAUUACUAUACAGAGAAUAGGGUGCCAGGGAAUAGGGUGCCAUUUAGUAAAUGGUAGCUAGCUAUAAGACUCCUGUUAGUACAGAUAGGUUUGUAUGUAAUAUUUUCUGGUAUAUAGGCCGUGUCCGAAAUCUGUCUCGCCUACUAUUUACUAAAACUACAUUGUGUGUACUAAUCGUAUAUACAGUGGCUUGCAAAAGUAUUCACCCCCCUUGGCAUUUUUCCUAUUUUGUUGCCUUACAACCUGGAAUUACAAUGGAUUUUUUGGGGGGUUUGUAUCAUUUGAUUUACCCCCCCCCCCCCCCCCCCCCCAAAAAAAUAAAAAAAAUAAAUAAAAAUCAAUACUUUGUAGAGGCACCUUUUGCAGCAAUUACAGCUGCAAGUCUCUUGGGGUAUGUCUCUAUAAGCUUGGCACAUCUAGCCACUGGGAUUUUUGUCCAUUCUUCAAGGCAAAACUGCUCCAGCUCCUUCAAGUUGGAUGGGUUCCACUGGUGUACAGCAAUCUUUAAGUCAUACCACAUACUCUUUCUAGGUCUGGGCUUUGACUAGGCCAUUCCCAAGACAUGUAAAUGUUUCCCCUUAAACCACUAGAGUGUUGCUUUAGCAGUAUGCUUAGGGCCAUUGUCCUGCUGGAAGGUGAACCAUGAUGCUGCCACCACCAUGCUUCACUGUGGGGAUGGUGUUCUCGGGGUGAUGAGAGGUGUUGGGUUUGCGCCAGACAUAGCGUUUUCCUUGAUGGCCAAAAAGCUCAAUUUUAGUCUCAUCUGAUCAGAGUACCUUCUUCCAUAUGUUUGGGGAGUCUUCCACAUGCCUUUUGGCGAACACCAAACGUGUUUGCUUAUUUUCUUCUUUAAGCAAUGGCUUUUUUCUGGCCACUCUUCCGUGAAGCCCAGCUCUGUGGAGUGUACGGCUUAAAGUGGUCCUAUGGACAGAUACUCCAGUCUCUGCUGUGGAGCUUUGCAGCUCCUUCAGGGUUAUCUUUGGUCUCUUUGUUGCCUCUCUGAUUAAUGCCCUCCUUGCCUGGUCCGUGAGUUUUGGUGGGCGGCCCUCUCUUGGCAGGUUUGUUGAGGUGCCAUAUUCUUUCCAUUUUUUAAUAAUGGAUUUAAUGGUGCUCCGUGGGAUGUUCAAAGUUUCGGAUAUUUUUUAUAACCCAACCCUGAUCUGUACUUCUCCACAACUUUGUCCCAGACCUGUUUGGAGAGCUCCUUCGGCUUCAUGGUGCCACUUGCUUGGUGGUGCCCCUUGCUUAGUGGUGUUGCAAACUCUGGGGCCUUUUCAGAACAAGUGUAUAUAUACUGAGAUUAUGUGACAGAUCAUGUGACACUUAGAUUGCACACAAGUGGACUUUAUUUAACUAAUUAUGUGACUUCUGGAGGUAAUUGGUUGCACCAGAUCUUAUUUAGGGGCUUCAUAGCAAAGGGGGUGAAUACAUAUGCACGCACCACUUUUCCGUUAUUAAUUUUUUAAGAAUUUUUUUAAACAAGUUUUUUAUUUUAUUUUUUUUUCUUCACCAAUUUGGACUAUUUUGUGUAUGUCCAUUACAUGAAAUCCAAAUAAAAAUCCAUUUAAAUUACAGGUUGUAAUGCAACAAAAUAGGAAAAACGCCAAGAGGGAUGAAUACUUUUUUGGGGGAGGUGGGUAGAUCAGCUUUUCCUGUGUACUAAUCUUACUACAUACAAUUUAGAACAUACUGUUUAAUUAAAAUGUAUGCAGUAAGCAACACAUGUCAACAUACAAGGCGCACGCAUACUGGGAAGGCGUCAUCUAAUGCGCAAUUGGGUUCAUUCAUUUUUGUGCAGUGCACCCCCUUGUUUGAUUAUCAGCUGUUGUCACACACAAGUGGGUCUGAAUACACAAUUCUCUUCCUCAAGAGUAUGCACCGAAAUCUUAGUCUUAGCCGAAAUUAGUGUGACAUCUUGGCAUUUAAAACUAGAAUCCUUAAUUGAAGCAAUAACAAAACGGUCACCCUGCCUGUAUUUUGGUAAAAAGCUGAUGGGGUACGAUGGGGUACGGUGUAGAUCAUUAAUUUAUAUGUCCAAAAAUGGAUGUAGCAACUAAGGAGACCAACUUUAAAGCGUUCAACAUUUUCUACAUUUCACUUACUAUAAAAAGUUAUAUUUUCACAUUCCCAAUCAGCCAACUAUUUAGAACGCAAGUACGAAUAUUUGGAAACAGCCAUUGAGUACUCCACUUUGGUAGUAUGCAGUGACAACUGGCAACUAUGAUAAUGUCUGAUUUGGACAUUUGUUCUGACCCCGCCCUCUUACUUUCCCAGAACAACAUCCCGGGAAGUGCCAUGAUCCGCCGGAACACAUACGUCUGCACGGAUCGCUCCAGCACCGACAGACACUCCCUGCUGCAGAAUGGCAAGGAGAACAGGUAAAGGACAUGGAAGGACAAGGGAGGGAGAGGAAGAGCGAGAGAGAGAGUGUCUCAAAAAGUUGUUUUUAGUUUUGUUGUUUUUUAUGUCAACCAUGUUAUUGUGAAGCCAAAGGCAAAUGUCCACUUUGUGUGGACUGUAACGUUUGUCUAACUCUAAUUGCUUCUCUCCUCCAGCUCCCUGUCCCACCGCCUGCCCCCCACCUCCCCCUCCACCCUGAGCAUCUCCGGGGCCGGGGCCGGGACCGGGACCGGGGCCUCCUCUUCCUCAGGCGAGCGCUGCCGUCUGACACGUGGCUCCACCAUCCGGAGCACCUUUCACGGGGGCCAGUUGAGGGACCGGGGCCCGCCCGUCUACUCGGCCCCACCCACCUCCCCCACGCUGUCCCACCACGACGCCAGUCCACUCCCACACGCCCGCAGCCGCGCCACUUCCAAUCUCUUUACCAAACUCACCUCCAAACUCACACGCAGGUAAGCGGUCAGCUCCGUAACAGUCACCUCCGUAACAGUCACCUACGUAACGCUCACCGCCAAAUGCAGGGGAUAAUCACAUUAGUGAGUAGUAGUAGUCACCUCUGUAAAUACUCACAAGCAGGUAGUCUCGGACCAGGGUCAUGUUUAGAACGGGAAACAGGGGAGGUAGGCCUCCUACUACCUGAAGUUGUAAGAAGAUCACAGAUUUUCAUUCUCCGUUGCAAAACAUUACAGGUCACCGCCCUGGGUCCUCACAUUGGAAACGGCACUAAAUACGUUUUUACCUUGGCCUGCUGGAUCAAGAACAACCGCUUUCCUUGGAUUCACCCAGCUCUCCCUGGCCUCAGCUAUAAUAUAAACUCAGCAAAAAAAGAAACGUCCUGUCACUGUCAGCUGCGUUUAUUUUCAGCAAAUUUAACAUGUGUAAAUAUUUGUAUGAACAUAACAAGAUUCAACAACUGAGACAUAAACUGAACAGGUUCCACAGACAUGUGACUAACAGAAAUUGAAUAAUGUGUCCCUGAACAAAGGGGGGGUCAAAAUCAAAAGUAACAGUCAGUAUCUGGUGUGGCCACCAGCUGCAUUAAGUACUGCAGUGCAUCUCCUCCUCAUGGACUGCACCAGAUUUGCCAGUUCUUGCUGUGAGAUGUUACCGCACUCUUCCACCAAGGCACCUGCAAGUUCCCAGACAUUUCUGGAGGGAAUGGCCCUAGCCCUCACCCUCCGAUCCAACAGGUCCCAGACGUGCUCAAUGGAAUUGAGAUCCGGGCUCUUCGCUGGCCAUGUCAGAACACUGACAUUCCUGUCUUGCAGGAAAUCAAGCACAGAACGAGCAGUAUAGCUGGUGGCAUUGUCAUGCUGGAGGGUCAUGUCAGGAUGAGCCUGCAGGAAGGGUCCCACAUGAGGGAGGAGGAUGUCUUCCCUGUAACGCACAGCGUUGAGAUUGCCUGCAAUGACAACAAGCUCAGUCCGAUGAUGCUGUGACACACCGCCCCAGACCAUGACGGACCCUCCACCUCCAAAUCGAUCCCGCUCCAGAGUACAGGCCUCGGUGUAACGCUCAUUCCUUCGACGAUAAACGCGAAUCCGACCAUCACCCCCGGUGAGACAAAACCGCGACUCGUCAGUGAAGAGCAUUUUUUGCCAGUCCUGUCUCGUCCAGCGACGGUGGGUUUGUGCCCAUAGGCAACGUUGUUGCCGGUGAUGUCUGAUGACUUACAACAGGCCUACAAGUCCAUCCUCUCUCAGCCUAUUGCAGACAGUCUGAGCACUGAUGGAGGGAUUGUGCGUUCCUGGUGUAACACGGGCAGUUGUUGUUGCCAUCCUGUACCUGCCCCGCAGGUGUGAUGUUCGGAUGUACCGAUCCUAUGCAGGUGUUGUUACAUGUGGUCUGCCACUGCGAGGACGAUCAGCUGUCCGUCCUGUCUCCCUUGAGUGCUGUCUUAGGCGUCUCACAGUACGGACAUUGCAAUUUAUUGCCCUGGCCACAUCUGCAGUCCUCAUGCCUCCAUGCAGCAUGCCUAAGGCACGUUCACGCAGAUGAGCAGGGACCCUGGGCAUCUUUCUUUUGGUGUUAUUCAGAGUCAGUAGAAAGGCCUCUUUAGUGUCCUAAGUUUUCAUAACUGUGACCUUAAUUGCCCACCGUCUGUAAGCUGUUAGUGUCUUAAUGACCGUUCCACAGGUGCAUGUUCAUUAAUUGUAUAUGGUUUAUUGAACAAGCAUGGGAAACAGUAUUUAAACCCUUUACAAUGAAGAUCUGUGAAGUUAUUUGAAUUUUUACGAAUUAUCUUUGAAAAACAGGGUCCUGAAAAAGGGACGUUUCUUUUUUUGCUGAGUUUAUAAUCACAUACAUUACAUUUAAUGAAGCAUGUGCUUCUUCCAUACCAAUCAGCUACAGCUGCGCUGUUAUCCACCACUCCCUUGGCCAUGAUUCAAUUAUAUUAUCUUUCUCCCCCUCCUCCUCGCCCCUUUCUUUUUCUAUUUCUCUUUCUUGCUCUUCCUCUUCCUUUCCUUACAUCAGGGUCAAUCUUGACCCCUCUAAGCGCCAGGGCUCAAACAAAUCAGUCUCGGGUUGUACCCUUCCCCAGGGAUCAAAAACAGUUAGUAAGUUCCCAUGUCUCUAGCUUCUGUUUGCCUGCAUGUCUGCCUGCCUGCCUACUGGACGUGUGUGUGUGUGUGUGUAUGUGUGUGUGCGCGCGCCUGUCUGACUGUGUGCCUGUUUACUUACCUAUCUGUCUGCCUGUCUGUUACAUACCUAUUUGUCUGUCUGCAUGCCUACCUGUUUGUCUAUCGAUGUCUUACCGACCUGUCUAAUUUGCCUAGUACUUACCUGUCUGUAUGCCUGCCUGUCUACCCACUUGUCUUUGUUCUGCAGCGCUCUGCUUUUUGGUUCAUUCCUUUGGCAUGCCCUUGUGCAGGGGUUGUCAUCUAUUGCCUUGGGGGUAACACUUUACUUGAAUCCUGCAUCAUAAGGGCUACAUAACACUGUCAUUACAAUGACGUGUCAUAAACAGUUUUGACUUGCUGCAACUGACUUUACACUGUCAUGACACAAACCAUGAAUUAGCUAUGGCAGUUUUGCUAGACAAUUGCCUGAUCUACAGUAAACAUAGUCUGUAUCAUCUUGACAGUGUAAAGUCAGUUGUCAUAAGCUGACACCUAUGACAUCUGUUAUGGUAUUGUUAUGAAAGUGUUAUGUAGCCUUUAUUGUACAUGUGCUUCUGUUAAAAUAAGUAUUUGUUCCAGGGGCACCGCCGUAGUGGAUAAGGUCUUCAUGUGACUCAAUCUACUUUGUUUAAUUUUAAUUUUAAAUGACAGUUGAUUCCCAGGCAUGACGAUUGUCUUUGUUGUGUGGUGGAAUUAGGGUUGCAAAGGGAGGGUAUAUUACUGGAAACGUUCAAAGUUGACCAGUAAACUACUAUACUUUUUUUGUGCAUUUUAUCAGAUGACAUCUAGUGACGUUUUUGUUACUUCAGAUUAUCACAGGUGUCUUAAAUUAUCUCUGGAACUCUGUGUGGCCUUAUCACAUGUAAACAGUGGUGUAGUGGAGGGUAAAUGCAAGUAAACGCAGUUUACCCACCAUUUCUGCUCGACAGUUUACCCACCAUUUCUGCUCGACAGUUUACCCACCAUUUCUGUUCGACAGUUUACCCACCUUUUGCAGAAAAAUACAUGCAAAGUAUAGGGAGCGUAACUUUUUUUCACCGCGACCGGCGAUCAGCGUUUACCCAUCAUUUUUUUCCCCACUACAUCACUGCAUGUAAAAUAAAUAAAAUAAUAAUCUAAGAUGAUUUAAAAAUUACAAAUAGAAUAACAAAGCUGUAAAAAAUAAUCCUAAAUAUAAACCAUCAACUUAGUGAAUACCAUUGGUGUUUAAUAUGAGGGUUUCAGCAUGAAAUAUCCUUUAUAUAUGUUUUAAACACUUUGAUUUAUUUUACCAUGUCAAUACGUCUUUGUUGAAAAAGAAAUCGGCAAACUGUUGGCAGUUGUGAAAAAAGUUGCCAGAGUUAAUGGAAAAUAAUGCCAUUGUUGAUUAGAUGCUUUUUAAAAUAAAUGUGGCUAUCCACUAGAAACUCGAGGGACAAUAUGAACACAGAUCUAAAAACAUUAAUACUAUAUACACUACCAGUCAAAAGUUAGGACGCACCUACUCAUUCAAGGGUUUUUCUUUAUUUUUACAGUUUUUUACAUUGUAGAAUAAUAGUGAAGACAUCAAAACUAUGAAAUAACACAUGGAAUCAUGUAGUAAACCAAAAAGCGUUAAACAAAUCAAAAUAUAUUUUAUAUUUGAGAUUUUUCAAAGUAGCCACCCUUUUACUUCACCAUCUCAAUUGGGUUGAGGUCAGGGGAUUGUGGAGGCCGGGUCAUCUGAUGCAGCACUCCAUCACUCUCCUUCAUGGUAAAAUAGCCCUUACACAGCCUGGAGGUGUGUUGGGUCACUGUCCUGUUGAAAAACAAAUGAUAGUCCCACUAAGCCCAAACAAGAUGGGAUGGUGUAUCGCUGUAGAAUGCUGUGGUAGCCAUGCUGGUUAAGUGUGCCUUGAAUUCACGGCGGUUGGAACCAAACAUUUCCAAUUUGGACUCCAGACCAAAGGACACAUUUCCAUUGGUCUAAUGUCCAUUGCUCGUGUUUCUUAGCCCAAGCAGGUCUCUUCUUCUAAUUGGUGUCCUUUAGUAGUGGUUUCUUUGCAGCAAUUCGACCAUGAAGGCCUGAUUUACACAGUCCCCUCUGAACAGUUGAUGUUGAGAUGUGUCUGUUACUUGAACUCUGUGAAGCAUUUAUUUGGGGCUGCAAUUUCUGAGGCUGGUAACUCGAAUGAACUUAUCCUCUGCAGCAGAGGUAACUCUGGGUCUUCCAUUCCUGUCGUGGUCCUUCUGAGAGUCAGUUUCAUCAUAGCGCUUGAUGUUUUUUGCGACUGCACUUGAAGAAGCGUUCAAAGUUCUUGACAUUUUCCGUAUUGACUGACCUUCAUGUCUUAAAGUAAUGAUGGACUGUCAUUUCUCUUUGCUUAAUUGAGCUGUUCUUGCCAUAAUAUGGACUUGGUCUUUUACCAAAUAGGGAUAUCUUCUGUAUACCCCCCCCCCCCCCCCCCCCCCCCCCCCCCCCCUUGUCACAACACAACUGAUUGGCUCAAACGCAUUAAGAAGGAAAUAAAUUCCACAAAUGAACUUUUAAGAAGGCACACCUGUUAAUUGAAAUGCAUUCCAGGUGACUACCUCAUGAAGCUGGUUGAGAGAAUGCCAAGAGUGUGCAAAGCUGCCGUCAAGGCAAAGGGUGGCUAUUUGAUGAACCACAUAAUAAUUAAAUAUUUAUUUAACACUUUUUUGGUUACUACAUGAUUCCAUAUGUGUUAUUUCAUAGUUUUGAUGUCUUCACUAUUAUUCUAUAAUGUAGAAAAUAUUAAAAAUAAAGAAAAACCCUGGAAUGAGUAGGUGUGUCCAAACUGGUACUAUAUAAAAAAUAAAAAAAUUAUAUUCAAGUAUAAAUUACCAAAAUUACCAUAGAUUGCCAUAGAUUACCUUUUAAUUACAAAAGAUACAGAAGAUUCCGGUAACUUUUGCUAAUAUCCGGUAUCUUUGCAAAUCUAGGUGGAAUUUAUAGUGAUGUACAGUUGGUGUCACAGAACAUUUACACUGCUGUGGAUUCUCCCACCUCACCUUAAAAGACGUGGAAUGCAAUCACAUCAGUACAGUUUACUGUUCUCAAUGAACAAACACAAUAUUUUUUUUAUUUUUAUUUUUAUUUCACCUUUAUUUAACCAGGUAAUAUGAGAAGCAUGGGGUUGUUUAUUCAUUUGUGAUAUUGAUACAGCCUUAUUAUUUGACUCUGUUGUGCAAGUCAGGGCGCUCUGAUACGGAGUGAUAUUAGUGCCAAUAAAAAAUGGAUGUUGCACUAAUAUCACUCCAUACUCUGACCUGUAUUCAUGGGUUGCACCUACCACACCCGAUCACAUCACACAAUUGUUAUCAACAUUCUCAAGAUGCUGUCACCAUAGUGGCUCCUGAAUGUCGGUGCCCAGUCAUUCUGAACAGAGGCUAAUGAUUGUUUCGUUUUUACAAAACACUGUAGUGGCUUGUAAAUAUGAUGACAUUAAUAGUAGGCAAAUAAUAAGUAGGAAACAACUUUGUCACCACUAUGAUGUUGUUAAAUUUACUUUGGAUAGAUGGCAAUGUUGUCAUUAGCUAGCAAAGUACCUAGCAAUGCUAAUGUUAGCUUAAAUCCAGUGCUCUCCCCUCACGCUUAGCUAGCUAGCUAACAUUAUACAGCAUCUAAAGGUAAUCUGACGACAUCACAAUGAUGACAAAAGGUUUUCCUACUAAUUAUUUGCCUCCUUUAGAAAUGUUCAUUAACGGCAUUGAGUAGAACGUUCACUCGGGAGUCAACCCUCAAUAGAACUUUCAUAACAAUAUUGUGACGCAACGUGCAACCGAUGAAUACCUGGAGGUUGUUGUCGCUGUUGUCGUUUGCUUGUCCUCACUCAAUGAUUUCCUUUCCUUUCUUUUUGAAUGGCUUCACAGUAUUGUGGAUAGAUGGUGACUCUCUCUGUGUACUUGGUGGACAUGGAACUGCAUCUCCCAUAAAUCACCUCUCUGAUUCCCCAUUUAACUGUGUGUGUGUGUUCUCUACACAGGGUCACAAAUGAACCUGAGGGAAUCUGCCGAUCUGCGGUCACAAGGUCAGUAUAUGUCACAAGGUCAGUAUAUCCGGCAACCCUUCGUCAACUCAUCUAUAACCCCAACAUAACCAUGUUAGGUUGUUGUUAUGUUUCAAACAGUAAACUUGCACACCUUAACUGAAAAUGUAAUCUUAGAUUUAAAGAACAUUUGGAUCAGUGUUAUUUCCUUAUAGUUGCUGGUUGAAAAUACAAUGUACACAGAACCUUCUAAUCAACAGGUUUGCAUGGGCGGAAGUUUCUGCUUGCAAUGGUGACAUCACCAUUCGGUAAAUUGGUAAAGAGACCUAUAACAAAUAGAGUUCCAAACCUCUGCCAAUAACAGCUAGUUUUCAGUUUCCCCCUCCCCACUCCUAGCAAAAUUCUUGCUUGAGAAAUAGUUUUUUGCUAAAAUGCCAUUUUUGGCAGUUUUUAUUUUAAGGUACUUCAUUGUUACUCAGAAAUGAUUGUAUAUUGAUAUAAAACGACUGCAUUGGGCCUUUACUAGAUUCAACCACCCAUUCUCACUUUUUUUCUCCUUACCCACCCCUUUCCCUCUAAAACUCUUCUCUCCACCUUUUUCCUUUACUCUCUCACCACUCUGUCCUUUCUCCUUCUUUUUUUCUGUCCCUCUCCCUUUCUGGUCACCAGUCGCCAUUUACCUGGGCAUCAAAAAGCGGCCGAGCCCCGGGCCAUCGGAUGUGGCUGGAAUCUGAGGGUACCCCGGGGGCGGCGGGACCCAGCGGAGGUGAUGCUGGCUCUGCGGGAGGCGGCACGGGGCUGUGGCUGCCAGGUCCACCACGCCGGCCCCUUCCUGCUCUCCUGCACCCACGGGGCGUCCGGGGGUUGCGUGGCCUUCAAGGCAGAGGUGUGCCACCUCUCUACGGGGUGUGGCGCCUCCAACAAUGAGACUUCCAACGGAGUGCGCUACACACGACUUUGGGGGGCACCGCUCACUUUCCGGGACAUCGCCACGCAAAUCUCAAAGGACCUCGAACUC